AUGUCUCCAAGCGCAACAGAAAAUAAUUCAGGUGACAAAUUUUAUCAAAAUCUUGAAGAAUUGGCAACUUUGAAACCUGUUAGUAAAAGCAUACUAUUAGAUAGAGAAGAGUAUCAACUCAAAUGGUUAAAAUAUUUGCCAGCACCCGCAAGAACUAGGUUUGAAAAGGCUGGUAUUGAGUUAUCCAAAGGAUAUCCUGUAAUUCCUGAUCCAAAGAGUAUUCCACGGUUUAUUAAUGAAGCAUAUGAGAUAAGAAACGAGGUCUUUCCUUACAUAGAACGUGCGAUAAAAGCUGAUCCACAUAAAAGGGCUCUUCUAAGCGCUGCUAAGGAAGUACAGCAUCUAACAAAGCACUUAGGUACUGAAAUUAUUGGGUUGCAAUUGGCAGAUUUAGAUGAUAAUCAAAGAGAUGAAUUAGCUUUGUUGGUGGCUGAAAGGGUUGUUGUUUUUUUUAGAGGUCAGGAUUUAUCGCCUCAGAAACAAUUAGAAUUGGGUAAAUACUGGGGACAAAUUGAAAGACAUCCUCAAGCGCGUUAUGUCCCACUUCCAGAUCAAUCCUACGACGACAAAUUACAAGGUAGUGGGAUUACAGUUAUCUGGAGAAAGUUUCUUAAUGAUUUGAAUGAUCGCAAACAAGACUUUAGGAAGGAAAUAAAAAAUACUGUUUUUCAUACGGACUUAGUACAUGAAAAACAGCCUGCCGGUAUUACUCAUUUACAUAAUGAUACUAUACCAGAAAAUGGUGGAGAUACAAUUUGGAGUUCUGGUUAUGCUGCAUACGAUAAGUUGUCAUUAGCAUUUCAAACAUUUUUGGACGGUAAAACAGCAAUUUAUCGGUCAGCUCACCCAUACUUGGAUCGAGAUGACCCAUUGAAAGGUCCAGUCUACAUUGAGCGUGAACAUCCAAUAAUUAGGACCCAUCCAGCUACAGGUUGGAAAUCACUUUUUGUUAAUAGGGCGAUGACAACAAAAAUUGUUGGGCUAGAGCCCACUGAGUCUCGGAUUGUUUUAGAGUAUUUGUUUGGUAUAUUCGAAAAAAAUUUAGAUAUACAGGUACGUUUUCGUUGGCAGCCUUCAAAAGAGGGUUUUGGAACUUCAGCUAUUUGGGAUAAUCGUAUUUCACAACACUAUGCAGUAGGUGACUAUGACCAAGAUAAUGACGAUAGACAUGGAACCCGGGUAAGUUCCUUAGCAGAAGUACCUUACUUCGACCCUUCUUCUAUCUCUCAAAGAGAGUCAUUAGGUAUUUAA